UCCCACAGUUCACAUGCCUUUCAGGUUCUUGCUCCUUUCAGCCAUGAUUUUUAAAGUUCUUCUGGUAACAGUCCUGGCCUUAUGUCAUGGGUUCAAUCUAGACACUGAAAAUCCCAUGGCCUUCCAAGAGAAUGCAAGAGGAUUUGGGCAGAAUGUGAUCCAGCUUGGCGAAUCCCGAGUGGUUGUUGCAGCCCCCCAGGAGGCACAGGCUGCUCAUCAAACAGGUGUCCUCUACCAGUGUGACUACAGCACAGGCCAGUGUCAGCCCAUCCCACUGCAAGUGCCCCCAGAAGCUGUGAAUAUGUCCUUGGGCCUGUCCCUGGCUGCCACGACCAACCCCUCCCAGUUGCUGGCCUGUGGUCCCACUGUGCACCAAAACUGCAAGGAGAACACCUAUGUGAAGGGUUUCUGCUUCCUGUUUGGUUCCAACCUGCUGAGGCCACCCCAGCGGUUCCCAGAGAAACUCAAAGAAUGUCCUCAGCAGGAAAGUGACAUUGCCUUCUUGAUUGAUGGCUCUGGUAGCAUCAACCCCAGUGAUUUUCAGAAGAUGAAGGAGUUUGUCUCAACUGUGAUGGGCCAGUUCAAGAAGUCUAAAACCUUGUUCUCUUUGAUGCAGUACUCUGAUGGAUUCCGAACUCACUUCACCUUCAAUACUUUCAAGAAAAACCCUGACCCAGUAUCACUGGUGAGGUCAAUAAAACAGCUGAAUGGGAGGACACAGACUGCCACAGGAAUCCUCAAAGUAGUAACAGAACUGUUUCACAGCAGCAAUGGAUCCAGAGAGAAUGCCGUUAAGAUCCUAGUUGUCAUCACAGAUGGAGAAAAGUUUGGUGAUCCCUUGGAUUAUGAAGAUGUCAUCCCUCAGGCGGACAGAAAGGGGAUCAUUCGCUAUGUCAUUGGGGUGGGAGAUGCCUUCAACAAUGACAGAUCCCGCAAAGAGCUUAAUACCAUUGCUUCUAAGCCAGCUCGUGAUCAUGUGUUUCGAGUGAAUAACUUUGAAGCUCUGAAGACCAUUCAGAACCAACUUCAGGAAAAGAUCUUUGCAAUUGAGGGUACUCAGACAGGAAGCACCAGCUCCUUUGAGCAUGAGAUGUCUCAGGAAGGCUUCAGUGCUGCCAUCACCUCACAUGGUCCCUUGCUGGGCUCUGUGGGGAGCUUUGACUGGGCAGGUGGAGCCUUUCUAUAUACGUCAAAGGAUAAAGCCACCUUCAUCAACAUGACCAGAAUGGAUUCAGACAUGAAUGAUGCUUAUCUGGGUUAUGCGUCUGCAGUCAUCUUGAGGAACCGGGUCCCAAACCUGCUUUUAGGGGCACCUCGAUAUCAGCACACUGGCCUGGUGGUGAUGUUCAGAGAGAAUGCUGGUGCCUGGGAGCCCCACACUGAUAUCAAGGGCAGUCAGAUUGGCUCCUACUUCGGGGCCUCCCUCUGCUCCGUGGACAUGGACAAUGAUGGAAACACAGACCUGAUCCUUAUUGGGGCCCCCCAUUACUAUGAACAGACCCGAGGGGGCCAGGUGUCCGUGUGUCCCUUGCCUAGAGGGAGGGCUCCGUGGCGGUGUGAGGCUGUUCUCUACGGUGAGCAGGGCCAUCCCUGGGGUCGCUUUGGGGCAGCUCUGACAGUGCUGGGAGAUGUGAAUGGAGACAAGCUGACAGAUGUGGCCAUCGGAGCCCCAGGAGAGCAGGAGAACCGAGGUGCUGUCUACCUUUUUCAUGGAACAUCAGUCGUCAGCAUCAGCACCUCCCACAGCCAGAGGAUCACAGGCUCCCAACUUUCCCCUGGGCUCCAGUACUUGGGUCAGUCUCUGAGUGGGGGCAAAGAUCUCACAAUGGAUGGCUUGACAGACCUGACUGUGGGGGCCCAGGGACACAUCCUGCUGCUCAGAGCACAGCCAGUACUGACACUUGAGGCAACUAUGGAGUUCAAUCCCAAGAAAUUGGCAAGGAGUGUAUUUGAGUGUCAGGAACAAGUGGCAAGAAGCAAGGAUGCUGGGGAGGUCAGAGUCUGCCUCCGCAUCCACAAGAGCACACGUGAUCGGUUGAGAGGAGAUAUCCAGAGUACUGUCACUUAUGACCUGGCCUUGGACCCAGGCCGCCAGAACGCACGCGCCAUCUUUGAGGAGACAAAGAACAGCACGUGCAGGCACACGCAGACCUUAGGGCUGAUGCGGAAAUGUGAAAACCUGAAGCUACAGUUACCGGGCUGUGUGAACGACUCAGUGAACCCCAUCGUCCUGCGCCUCAACUAUACGCUGAUGGGGAUUCCCUUGCCUUUCUCGGGGAACCUUCGGCCAGUUCUGGCUAUGGAUGCUCAAAAACUCUUCACAGCCACGCUUCCCUUUGAGAAGAAUUGUGGCAAUGACAGCAUUUGCCAAGAUGACCUCAGCAUUUCCUUCAGUUUCAUGGACCUAGAUACUUUGGUGGUGGGAGAUCCCCGAGGCCUCAGUAUGAGACUGACUGUGAGAAAUGAUGGUGAAGACUCCUACGGGACUAAGGCCACCUUCUCCUACCCCCCUGGUUUGUCCUUUCGGAAGGCGUUGGUAGCUCAGAACCAGCACUCAAAGAGAUCCUGGCGCCUGACCUGUGAUUCUACCUCUUCUGCUGAAGGGCGUGGGGCUCUGAAGAGAACCACCUGCAACAUAAACCACCCCAUCUUCCCUGGCAACUCAGAGGUCAUUUUGAAUAUCACAUUUGAUGUGGACUUGGAUGCUUCCCUUGGAAACAAACUGCUCCUCAAGGCCAAUGUGACCAGUGAGAACAACAUGUCCAGCACCCACAAGACUAAGUUUCAGUUGGAGUUGCCUGUGAAAUAUGCUGUCUACAUGGUGGUCACCAGCAGUGAGAACUCUACCAAAUACCUCAACUUCACGGCGUCAGAGAUGACCAGUCAGGUCAUACAGCAUCAAUACCAGUUCAACAACCUGGGCCAGAGGAGCCUCCCUAUCAGUGUGGUUUUCUGGAUCCCUGUCCAGCUUAACCAGGUGCCUGUAUGGAGCCAUCCCGAGGUUGUCUUCUCCCAGGACCUCUCAAGUGCCUGUCAAACCGAGGAGAGAUCCCCACCUCGCUCUGAGUUCCUGAAUGAGCUUGAGAAGACCCCAGUGCUGAAUUGCUCUGUUGCUGUCUGUAAGAGAAUCCAGUGUGACAUCUCGUCCUUCAAUGCUCAGGAAAAAUUCAGUGUUGUCCUCAAAGGCAACCUCUCAUUUGACUGGUAUAUUAAGACUUCUCAUAACCACCUUCUGCUUGUGAGUACAGCGGAGAUCCUGUUUAAUGAAUCCGAGUUUGCCCUGCUUCCAGGACAGGGGUUAUUUGUGAAGUCCCAGACGCAGACCAAAGUGGAGCCACAUAUUGUUCACAACCCUCUACUGCUCAUUGUGGGGAGCUCCAUCGGGGGGCUGGUGCUCCUGGCCCUCAUCACUGCUGGACUGUACAAGCUUGGCUUCUUCAAACGGCAGUACAAGAACAUGAUGAAUGAAGCUGAUCCCCCAGCAGCCCCACCUCAGUAAUGGCCCCCUCUCCAUGGAGUGACCCCUCCAACAGCAAGCAGGACUCUGGUCAGGCCAACACACAGGUCCCUAGACUGCUGGACAGACAUAUCCUUUAGGAGGCUGAUGUAGUGAUGUCUUACACAGGAAAGCAAGCUUGGGCUUUCUGCUUAUGUGUGCGAGUUGUGUGUGGCUCAGACAUUUCUUGUCAUCAACAGACCCUCUUGGGUCAAAAGGAAUCUCUUGGCCUUCCUUGUGUGUGAGGAGAGAUGCUGAUGGGCCCUCCUCUGGGAGAGGUGAUGGCAGUUCUUGCAGAUGAGCAUAAAGGGAGAUGCUAUGGCUGUUGCUAAAGGAAGUGAGGUUUUCUUCCAUGGGUGCUGCAGACUUGAAAGAGCCUGGUGACCAGAAGGCAGUACUGAGCGUCCAGGAGAAGCUAGACGUGGACUAGAGAGCUGGUGAGCGACAGGAAUCUGUCAAAUCCACACCACAGAGUGCUGACGGGUCCCACAAAGAUGUCCAGUGAAGAAGGAUAAAUCUCCUUUCACCUCUUUUUUAUUGUUUUAAUGUUAUUUUUUAUUUUUGAAUCAACGAACCUGUCUGUAGGGUCAAAAUCAAAAGACAUUCAUGAGUAUGUAGAGAAAAGCUGGGGAUGUGGCUCAGUGGUAGAGCACUUGCCUACCAUGUGCAAGGCCUUGAGUCCAACCCCCAGCACUGCAAAACAAAAGCAAAGCAAAGCAAAACAAAACAAAACGAAAAAGAGCGUGUAGUGGAAAGUGGCUCUUCCUAGCGACACAGCUUCCCUCCUUAGGGGUAGUCAAGGCUAUGUGUUUUGAAUCUCUUUCACAAAGUUUAUAGGAUGUACAAACACACACGUACACACGCACACACACAUGCAUGCAUGCACGCUAUUUUAGGCAAAUGGUAACACUGUAUGCUAUGCAGCUUGUCUUUUCAUCAAUAUGCUUGUUAUUUCAUAUAAACUAUAAAUUGCUAUAGCUGCAUUUUAUUCCUCUGUGUGAGUACAUUAUAAUGUGUUGAACCAGUCUCCUUUGAAUAUAGUUCUUCCAACUUCUUGCUAGUGCAAAUGCUGAAUUAAUAAAUUGGAUAUAUCUAAUCUUUA